GAACCAUUAUCAUCACUGCCAUAAAAACUAAGGCCCUCAGAUUUCUUUCCCUCUUCCCCUCCUCCUUCCCCCCUCCUGCUUUUUAAACCCUGGGCCCUGGAAAAGCCAUGAAUUUUGAAUUUGAGAGGGAGAUCGGGUUUAUAAAUAGCCAGCCUUCGCUCGCAGAGUGCCUGACGUCUCUUCCCGCUGUCCUGGAGACAUUUCAAACUUCAUCAAUCAAGGACUCGACAUUAAUUCCUCCUCCUUUUGAGCAAACCAUCCUCAGCCUGAAUCCUUGUUCCAGCAGCCAGGCAAGACCGAGGAGCCAAAAAAGAGCAUCUCAUGGCCUGCUCCAACCCCAGCCUCCGGUACAGCCCGGCCCCUUGGCAGCGGAAUUCCCCUGGAUGAAGGAGAAGAAAUCGUCCAAGAAAGCUACCCAGGCUCCAUCCUCUUCUUCAUCCUCUUCCCCCCCAACAUCUUCCUCGUUGCCGGUGCCUGCCGCAGGAUCUCCUGCAGAGAUCCAGGGGCUCGCCGACCCCAGCGGCUCGAGGAGGCUCCGGACAGCCUACACCAACACGCAGCUCCUGGAGCUGGAGAAGGAAUUCCACUUCAACAAAUACCUCUGCAGGCCCCGGCGGGUCGAGAUCGCGGCUCUGCUCGACCUCACCGAGAGGCAAGUCAAGGUCUGGUUCCAGAACCGGCGGAUGAAGCACAAGAGGCAAACCCAGCACAAGGAGCCCCCCGAUGGGGACCUCGCCUACCCCAACCUGGACGAGAGUAGCGACGCCGUGGACGAGGCUGAGGAAAGCCCCCCUUGCACCGCGGCCGGCCCCGCGGACCGUGCCUACCCCGAGGGCCAGCACUCGCCUUUGUUGCCAGACCUGAGCAUCUUCUCGGCAGAUUCCUGCCUGCAGCUCUCGGAGGGGCUUUCCUCCAGCCUACAGGGCUCCUUGGAGAGCCCCAUCCACUUCUCCGAGGAAGACCUGGACUUUUUUACGAGCGCACUUUGUACUAUAGAUUUGCAACAUUUAAAUUUCCAAUAGCAAUCUCCACUGGCCACCUGCCUCUCUGUUCCUGCCCAUUCCAGGCACACAUGCACAACCCCCCUGUCGAGCCACAACCAGCUGCCCCCAGUCUCCUUUAGGAGGGGGCACUCCAAAAACAUAGCCCAAACCAUUAUUCACUCAUUCAGCCCAUCCCGUCCCAUAGACAUUUGCUUUUAAAACUCUCCAUAUCGUGGGACCCGAAUCACCCUCCCAAUAUUUAUUCUAAGAGACUCACAUGAAAGAGCACCCUAGUUUUUACUAAAUUCAGAUAUUUAAUUAUAGUUCUUUUGUCUUAUUUAUUUUUAAAGAAGGCACCCAAUAGUCCUCAUGCAUAUCAGAGAUACCAGCACCCAAGAGAAAACAUUUGUAAAUCAUUCAAGUGAAUUUCUCAGGAAUCAGAAUGAGACUUUUAGAUUUCUUAAUAAAAUUUAAACAAUAGAGGAAAUUUAUUUCCUCUUUUUAAG